AUGGGGUCACCACCGUCAUAUUUUGAUACUUCUCCAUCAGCUCACCGCACGUUGCGGUCGCGAGAUCUCAAUGAACCCCUGAUACCAGCUGGCAAACGUCUGGGCUCCGCACCGGUCUCGCGAGGCGGCUACCUCCGCCGGUCAGCGGGGUUGUUCAAUCUUGAAGAAGCGGCCUCCACGGGGCCCUCAGAAUUCUCAAAGACUGCUCCGCGGACCGCACAAUUAAAACGGCCCCACCCUUUUGAAACCCACAGUCAACACGAAGACUUUUCGAAACCACGGCUACGAGGCCCAACGGUUGCGGCGGCCACCCCGGCACGAAGGUCGACUAUUUCACCAAUCCACGGGUCUGCUGGCACACUCCCUCGUCCUUUGAGCUCUCCGACUCCCAUAUAUUUAGGUUCUGCCCGACACCGCCCGUUCCCCUCGUUGUCGAUAGGCCGCGGCAAGGGUGGGCUGGGCCACACCCCAAUGGCUUGCGAAAGGAACACAUCGGGGCGCUUUCUCACACCAGACGAUUCUUAUCGAGAAGUCAAGCCACUUCAAACAGCGUUCAUGUCCAGUGGACUCAUGUCCAAACGAGACUUGCCGCAAACCUCCUCCCCCGUGAAGGCACCUCCGGAGACGCCCCGAAAGAAAACCCCAGGAUACGGUAAUACAGGCAGCUCUAACACAUCUUUCAAAUCGAGCAACCGAUCUCUGUUCGGGUUCCGAAGACAAGCUUCGCUUAGCAAGUACGAUAAAACCUCUGCUGAGCAAACAACCGAGUCGCUGCCUGAUUCGAUCCGCAGAUUCAGCCUUGGUCCCGAGACUCCGUCAACCCCGACACCGAUCGAACCAAUGUUUACAUCCACACCUGCCCCUUCCCGCCGACAAUUGAGUGAUGCGUCUACAAUUACACCUGGGUUCUCUUCGCGAAUGUGGAACCAUGUGGGCGAGGCAAGCCAGCUCUCUGCACAUGACCCGAGCCGGUUUGAGGAUACCCUGGACCUAUCUACGAACGAUACAUCAUUUGAAGACGAAUUUGAUUAUGAAAAUGAACGCUCAUUGACUUCUAGCGAGCUAGGGUCGCCCUGCACGCCAGAAAUUGCUCCUCAAGACGAAGAACCGGCUCUAGUUGGUUCGUCGUCUAUGGAGUCAACCAAUUCCCAGCCGGCUCGAGGCCGAAGACGCCCGCUAACUAUUCGCGUCAGCAAAAACAUAUUUGGCGAGAGCACGGAAACCUUGACCCCGAUUCAUGCUAUCAACGAGACGGUUCCACCAAUGCCGCCUAUGCCCAACUUUGCCCGAGACGAAUCAGUCCCACUUUUAACACAAACACCCUUACGGGCAAAUAUGAGCGUUGGGUUCGAAAGCAGUUGUAACGAGUCGAGCAUGGUUGAUCCUAAACCUAUGGACGAGCUGCUUGUCGAACGAUUUGACAAGGUGAGCCUGUUAGGCGAGGGAGAGUUCUCGGUGGUGUAUCUAGCUACUCCGCCGGACAAACCCAAUCUCAAGCUGGCUAUCAAACGCACCAAAAAACCGUUCAGCGGCACACGGACCCGAAAGGUACGUAUGGAAGAAGUGCAAAUCUUGCAGCGGCUCUCUCAUCCUGCAGAGGAGGACGAGGAUGCGGAAAAUGUGGUCCAAAUGUUGGAUUGGUGGGAAGCCGACCGCCAUUUGUACAUCGCCACCGAGUGGGCUGAAAACGGAAACCUGGCCACGUUCUUAUCAGAGAGCGGACGGGUUGGUCGUCUCGAUGAAUGGCGAGUUUGGAAAAUUCUCACCGAGCUGUCCCACGGACUCAGAUACAUUCACUCACACGAUGUUUUGCACCUCGAUCUGAAGCCAGCCAACAUAUUUGUCACGUUUGCUGGUGUGCUCAAGAUUGGAGAUUUCGGAAUGGCCACCAACUUCCCUGCCAGCCUAGACCUCGACCGUGAAGGAGACCGCGAAUAUAUUGCGCCAGAAAUCUUGGCUGACCGCUUCUAUUCAAAGCCGGCAGAUAUAUUCUCACUCGGGCUCAUGAUGGUCGAGAUUGCUGCAAAUAUUGUCCUGCCUGACAACGGCAUUCACUGGCACAAACUCAGAUCGGGCGAUCUCAGCGACGCUGGACGGCUGAGCUCUGGCGAUUUGACAAUUGCCAAUCGUGAGGGCGCCCCUGAGCCCCCGGUGUGGGCACCCUACUUUAUGGUUGACGGCCGUCGAGCCUUGGAUCGCAUCGUAGCCACAAUGCUUCAGCCGGACCCCGCCCGGCGACCAAGCGCGCGCGACAUUCUUAACGCACCAGAGGUCCGCCUUGUAGACGAGCGUCGCACUGCCGGGGCAGUAGUUUGGGAAGGAGAGUUCGGACCAGAGCCUGGUUCCGACAGUGAAGCCAGUCGGGUGCGUUAA